UACGCUUAAAAUAAAACUCAUGUCUGUUUCUUUGUGGCUUGAAUAUGAAGGGGCGAUGGCCAAUAAUCAUAUUCUUGCGCUAUAGACAAAAAACCUCCAUUCCCAAUUUUACCCAAUUUCUAUGUAUGUAUAGAUCGACUGUUAAGAAUUGCCCACAGCCCACGCACGUCUUUUUUGGAAAUAUGCAGCUAUGCUUUCAAAACCAAAUUCAUGCCGCAGUGUGUUAGACGCAUAUAAAUUCUGAAUCAACGGUCAAGCAAAACGUUUAACUGCACCACCAUUGCUGUCAACAAUUAAAAAACGAAAAUAAAGCUUCUAAAACCUGUGAACACCACACCACCCACCCUCAUUGCAACAUAGCUCCCCUUGUAAAAAUUUACUAAACCAAAAAACUGAAUUCUUUAUUAAAUAUUAUAUUAUUAAAUAUAUAUUUUUCUCAAAGUCACCUAUCCUUGCAAUGAGUUUAUUUCUGUGCAAAUUAAUACAAUUUCAAUUUUUCAUUUACACAGUUAUCUUCUGCACUACGAAUAGCCUUCCAUUUGAAAUUCGACAAAUUAAAGAAUGUUUUUCAAAUAUCUUUUGAAAUUACAAGGUUUUAUUAUUUUAAGUUUUUUAUUAACUUUUGUGCAGCUCUUUCUUGGAUCUCAUUUCUUGUGCAUUUAGUUUAAUAUGAAAUCUUUUUUUCACUUUUUUCAUGUCAGGCAAAAGAAAUAGGCUCUUUUUUCUUAAAGGAUUCAAGAUUCAAGGAAGAAUGAAAAAAAUGGCUAAAAAAUAGCAAAGGGUCUAAAAAUCACAGUAAAUUUAGAGCUACAGAUAUAUUUUUGCGGAUAUAAAUACGUUAAUGUUAUUUUGCCCCAGUUUAGCUUGCCCGAUUAUUCUAUAGAGUACUAUUGGUACAUAAUGCUGUUUAUCGUGACAAACUUUAAUCAAUUUAAAAUUCAUAGCUUUAUUUGCAAAAUUGAUAAAAAUCGACAAAUCGCCAGUGAGUGUUGGAAAAAUUGAUUGAAUCAAUUUCGCGUAGAAUUGAUUGGAUCAGACGUUUUUUCGUCAGCAGAAGAAUGACGACGGCGGCGGCGGGCGGCCGUGUCGUCGCGUCAGCAGGGGUGGGAUGCUGGCUUGCUUGAGGCACACACACUCUCGUGAGUUCUGAAAGCGCGCGCGGCUCGAGGGGUUUGUUUCAGUUGUUGUCACUUGCUCAAGCCGAGAGCAGCUCCCAUUCGCUCAGCCGAGAUGAUGGUGCUGGAGAACGCGAGCUGCAGGUACGAGCACCCCGUGAUGGCUGGCUACUCUGGUGCCUACCCUGGCGCGGCGCUGCAUCAGGAGCCGUCGUGUGACUCGAGCUCCAGCCUGAGCGAACUGCAGGAUGACCUAGACUACGAGAGCGAGGCGGACCACGUCCUCGCCCCCGACAGCAUGCACACGCACGACGACUCACCUCGGUGCCUCACCUGGGCGUGCAAGGCCUGCAAGAAGAAGACCAUCGCCAAGGACAGACGCAGGGCAGCCACCCUCAGGGAACGCCGACGACUCAGAAAGGUGAAUGAAGCAUUUGAAACGUUGAAAAGGCGAACGUCUAGCAACCCAAACCAACGGCUGCCAAAGGUGGAAAUUCUGCGCAACGCAAUCGACUACAUCGAGUCGCUGGAGGAGGUGCUCUCAGGCAGAGAUGAAGAACCGGCGACUAACCUACAGAUGAGCAAUGGCCAGUCCUGCGCCAGGGACUACCUUCAUAGCAAUGGAAACAGUAACCAGAGCUACGUCUCCGAGAGGCUCCAAAACUUCCACACCAACCUGAGUCACAGAUACCCUCCAAUAAAAGGACCGAACGAUAUGUCCUCGGGCAGUGAGAGCAGUGGCACUUCGAGUCUCGACUGUUUGAGUCUCAUCGUCGAGCGGAUCAGUCCUAGACCCUCGUCUGAAGCGACCCUGAGAACGACGGAGGUGCCUGAGCAUCAGGCGGACUAUCUGAUGCAGCAUUGACAUUCAUAGUGUGCCUCUUGGGCGACGCGAAAUUUGCCAAAGAACAAAACCAAAAUAAUGUGUGCAUUUUACACACACGCGAGUCUGACGACUGUAUAUGUAAAGAAAUUGUAACAAAAAUCAAAAGUUCUAGUUGCAUAAGUUUUUAGAUUAGAGAAAGAAAAGAUCAUAGAUCUGCGUUUGAUGCGAAAUGUAUUUAAUAGUGCCAAAUGAAGCUGACAGUAUGGGAGCAUUUUAAAAGCUCUAAAGAACAAAAAGUGCCUGUAAGUUUUUGCAUGUAUUCAUUGCUCAUUCUGAAACACAAGUCACUGAAAUAAAUCUACUAUUUUCAACCAAA